ACCAACUCAAUCAGCGUCAGAAUGUUUUCUCUUCUGUUUCUUUAUACACUGGCUCAAACUGCAACAUCUGAGACCAACCAUGGUCUGGCAACGAAAGAUUCAAAUCGAGACGAGAUUAGGUGCAAGGAGAAUACUAUCCCGAUAGUCUCCAACAUUAUCACGAGUGAGGACAUGGAAACAGUAUUCGUUAUAUACGAGGACGAGCUGGACGCCUGUGUUAAUGCUCUAAGCGACAGCCUGUCUCACCAUAUAAAAAUACAAUACACGAAGCCAGAUGCGCUCAGUAGACAAAUAAUAUCAGUCAUUGAUGAACUGGCCAAGAAAGAAAACAUCGAAAUGAUGCGACGAACUCUCAACUUCGUCAUCAUCUGUUCUGCCAAAUGCAUUCAAUACUCACUAGCUAUGGGACGUGAACUUGAUGCUAAGGUCGGGAGGAAGUCCGUGAUGAGGCAUUUCUCCAAGUGGAUUGCGCUUCCGAGUGAUGACAGAACCAUCCUAGUUCAAAACCAAACAUUUGAUAACAUUGUGCUUCUCUCACAAAGCCAGGCAAGUGUAAUAGAACGAGACCUUUGA